UCCAACAUGAACUCUGGGGAGCAGAGACGGUCUCUUUGAAGUUGAGUUUGCCGGCUGGAGUUGAUGCUGCACUUCUGAGACCCAUGAGUGACUGUGAGGAGACAGACUUCUUUUGGGAGUCUUGGACAUCACCUGGGAAAAGAAAAAGAAAAAAGGACUCCAAAAAGGACAAAAACAAAAAACGCAAAAACAACAUAACCAUGAAAACAGAUGAGAACAUCCAGAAAAAAAAGAAAAAGAAAAAAAAGGAAGCAAUGGAGGGAAGGAAAGAAAAGAAAAAAGAAAAGAAGAAAAUGAAAAACAGACUGGCUUUGGAACUAGAUGACAGCAGUAGUGCACAAUCAAAACCUACUGUGAAGCCUGAAGCAUCGAAUUCAUGCAGCAAUGACAAACUACAACUGGAUCACCUGACUCAAGACUCCAAGAAGAAAACUAAAAGAACAAAGAAAGUGGCGUUUGACUUAUCACCAGCCUACAUCCGUGUCAAACGUCCUAAAUUUGUCUCUUCAUCGCUGCAGUGUCCCAAAGAGAGCAUCCUCUUAGAAGCUGUGAGAGACAGGGAGAGCUGUUCACAGGUCACAGUGACAGGGCACUGCCUGGAUCAAACAUAUGAUAAUGACUCUCAAUGCAACAGUGAGGAUAUAAAUAGCCAGGACCUGUUUAUUACCCAGAAGACGUUCAAAGCAUCGCCCUCCGAACCUUCCAGUGGUGAAGCCAGUGACAAAGCCGUUACUACAACUCCUCAAAUGUUCACACAGCGAGACGAGCUGCACACGUCUGUGGUGCAGAUAAAACAGCAUCUUGAAGGAUCAAACAAAUGUCCACAAGACUCUCAUUUCCAUUUCCAGCAUCACAGAAAGGCAAAGGAGCACAUGAAGAAGCCAAAGACAGUACAGGUACUUCUCGCAGAAGAAGAAGAUGAGGAAGAAGAGGGGUUGAACAAAGCACAUCAGAAUCCCAAGAUACAGAUGGAGCUAAACACCAACCUUACUAAGGAGAAAGAAGUAUCAUGUCCUGUACAUAUAAAGCAAAGUGUGGUGAAUCCUUAUCUGGAUGUGCCAGUUGAUGUAAACCUCUCCCUGGAUGUUGCAAAGUCAAAGAAACAUUCCUGUACUUCAAGCCAACAGUCUAUUACAAGCACUUCCACACAGACAGAAAACUUCUUCACCACUGAACUCUCCUCCUACCUCAGCUUCUGCCAAAAAAGUAGAGUGACUGUACACUUUGAGGACUUGAAACCUUUGGACCUGAGUCUGCAGCAGAGGGCCAGAAAAGACCUGAACCUGCAUCCAUCUUGUUCUCCAGACAUGAAAGAUGUAGAGGUAAAGAAAGAGCCUUCUGGUCGACAACCUUGUUCUGCAAGCACACAUGGUAAAGGUGAAACAUCUCUGAGCCCCCAGUCAGAGUCUGAGCCUAAGUCUGCAGACACGACAACCUCCAGCGAGGACAACGAGCCCCCCUGUCGCACUGGCAAGCUGGACCUGACCCAGGUCAGAGCAGUCCAGAUGAGACUCAACGAGUCCUUCUUUUUCAAGACAAGAGGAGAAGGACAGUCACCCAGACCGGCGUCUCCACUGAUGAAACUCGCUCAGAGCAGAGAGGUGAAAAGCAGGAAGGGCCACUGAGGUCAUAUGGAGGGAUGGAAAUGAAGGUUUCUGGACACUAACCUGCGGUCAGUGGCUGCCACAUUCUUACUUUUUCUGCUAGACAGUGUUUAAUGUCUUGGGUUAAAGAGCAGCCAGGUAUCAGAUUAACAGGUAAAUUCAACUCUUGAUGCUAAAACUCAAUCUGAACCUUGUCCUUGAGAUCUGAGAAUCUUCAAAUAGUUCAAAUGGUCAUGAUGCAUGUUGUUCGGAAUAUUAAAAGGAAAAAAAUCCAGUCAUCUUUAACAAUAAGGAAAAGGAAAUGUAGUUCCAAAAUGAACUUCUGGAGAAAAAUCGCAAUCCUUAUUGUAGUAAUGAUGACUUGAUGUAUUUGUUAAUUGUUGGAAUUUCAAGUUAGACUUUAAUACAAUGUUGUUGGUAUAAGGUUUAAGAGUGCACAGGUUGUGUGUUACUCCCUUAAAUAUCAGUUUUAGAUACAGCUUUUUGAAUGUUUUCAGGAAACUAUGACAUCAACUUGUAGUUCAUAGCUUUGUUCGUUGUCUGUUCAGUAUGAAAGCAAGUCUUUUAU